CUUGUUGGGGAGUCUGUGAGCUUCACCUGCUCUUAGAAUCAACUUCAGUUACUUUCAGACACAAAAGAACUGGUGUUUACUGUAUAAUAGAUACCGGUUUAUAGAACUGGAAACUUACUGCCAUUACGUGAAUUGUCAGCCAUGUGGUGGGUGACCUUCUUCCACUUACUCACUCCACUGGGAGCUUAGUCCCAGCCGACAGGUGCCAUGGUGCUGUGAAACUGUAGGAGCUCCGUUCGUGCGACCAAAGUACAUAGCUAAGUUCACCUGCAGUACUGCCUUUCGGAGUGAAUAUCGUGUGGAUACUGACACAUAAUAUAAGAAUGGCCUGGAGGGUGGUGCUGUGGCUUCUGUGGUUUCCGAUGUGGCUACUGAAAUGUGUAAUGAAGCCUUUCAUCUCACUGCGAUACAUAAGACGGAGCAAGAAGCUGCCUCCCAUUCGAAACAAACUUCUGUUGCACAGCGCAACAGCUCUUGCACACAUGAUUAGAAACCGACAGGUAACGAGUGAGGAAGUCGUCAAGGCCUUCAUUUCUCGCAUCCGGGAUGUCAACCCCCUACUGAACUGCAUGAUGGACAAUCGGUUUGAGGCCGCUAUUCUUGACGCUAGGUAUGUCGAUCGAGUCGUGCAGACAGGUGCAAAAAGUGAGCAGCAAAUGGCGAAAGAAACGCCUUUCUUCGGCGUUCCGCUCAGCGUCAAGGAGAGCAUUGCCGUUAAAGGUCUGAAGCACAGUGCUGGGCAACUACGAUUCGAAGGGCGAAGGGCACAGGAAGACGCCGAGGCAGUGAAGCUCAUGAGGGCUUCCGGAGCCAUACCACUUCUUGUGACAAGCACUCCUGAGCUAUGCAUGAUGAUUGAAACUUACAACAAAAUAAUCGGGACUACAAAUAAUCCCUAUGAUCUCCGACGAACACCCAGUGGGUCAUCCGGUGGAGAGGCGGCCCUGUUGGCUUCCGCUGGGUCGGUUAUUGGUCUGGGCUCGGACAUAGGUGGAUCCCUACGAAUUCCGGCAGCGUUCACUGGCAUCUUCGCACACAAACCAACACCAGGUGUCGUGUCACAUUCGGGUCACAAUCCUACUUCAACAGACGAAAACUGGGGUAGGUUUUUCACCAUUGGUCCAAUGUCGCGGUACGCGGAAGAUUUGGCAGCGAUGCUGAAAGUCCUAGCACAUGAAAAUGCCGAUAAACUGCAAUUAGAUGAAAAGGUCGAUAUCCGCACGAUUAAGGUUUACUACAUGCAAGAUGAUGGAGGCUCUGUUCUAACGAACGGCGUUAGUAGAGAAAUAAAGGAAGCCAUAGCGAGAGUUGUGGAGUACCUACAAACAACCCACGCUAUUGUAGCACAAAAGGUUGACAUUAAGGAGAUGAGACAUGCGAACGCUCUCUCAGGCCCAAUAAUUAUACAACUAAAUGGCAUUACAUCAGUUCACAGAACGGACGUUCAUCCUAAGCCAUGGGGGAGCAUCUUCAUGGAUCUGCUGAGGUUCUGCACUUGUCUAUCAGACUGUACAUUCACUACGAUAUGUUAUGCAAUACUGAAAAAGCUAUCCCUCUUAAUUCCCACAGCAAAACUUCAAAAGCUGAAAAACAGGAAUGAAAGUCUCAAGAAGGAAUUCUCUCAACUGCUUGGGAACAACGGCGUAUUUCUGUACCCUACGUUUAUCGACUGCGCUAACUUUCAUCUCGAAUCUUACUACAAAAUGUUAAAUCUCUCGUACACGAUGAUAAUGAACGCACUGGAAUUGCCAGUCACGAAUUGCCAUGUUGGCAUGAAUAAACAAGGCCUGCCGAUUGGAAUUCAGGUUGUGGCUGCACCCUUCCAAGACCGGCUGUCACUUGCAGUAGCCAAAGAAAUAGAAGUUGCGUUUGGAGGGUGGGUGGAACCCCCUGCUUCAGAAAAGGUGGCCUGACAAGUGUUGUACCCAAUCUACAAGCCUGAAAGAGCCUUCUUGUCUAAACUAAAGUGUGGUUUAUUCCCAAUUAUUCUGAGGUCCAUAAACGUGAAUACAUCAGCAUGAAGCAAGGAGCAGGGAGCAGAAACUCCUCUUGGCAUUGUCUCGAUGAAGCUACGCCGGAUAUUACAUUCAUUUUGACAUGACAUUUGCUCAGUAAACUCACUGUCAUUGUUGGGAGAGGUCAGCUUUCAUAUGAUUUUCCAAACUUUAAGGCUACAGAAAGCCAUCAUAAUCAUCAAAAUUAUCAACAUGAAGAACAAGACAAGAGAAAUGUAACAAAAUGAAAAUCUUUUCAAAAGAAGUGAGCGGUGAUGUACUAAAUCACUGGGAAUUACAACGCCACGGACUUAAGCAAAAAGAAAUGACAGAAUCCAAAGGAUUGUUCUAGAUAAUUGUAUAUCAUUUAUAUACAAUAUAUAUACUUCGUUUUUUUAUUGAAUCGGACUUAAUUUUUUAGAAUAUUACGCUUAAGUUAAUUUUGUUGAACACUUAAUACAAUCAUAAAAGCUUAUUGUUUUAUAUUUAUAUUACUGAUAUUAUACAGUGAUACGGUAGCCUUGCUGAGUUAAAAAAUGUUCCUAGAGAAGUAUGGAAUUGGGGAUAAGCUUGCGUGGGCCUCGCUAAACACUUCCAAUAAUUAAGAAAAUGUGGGCCUACAUAUAAAUUAAAAAUUCCAAUUCCAAUUUUAUUAACAGACACUCUAAUACAUACGAGUAAAUAAUAUCACACGGACGCCGACAGAAAAUACUGAAGUCUGAGAUGCAUUCAAAUGUAUACCAAAUGCAUGCAUAUUUAAUUUCGAGUCCAGAACAACAUGACUGUCAUUUACACAUAAUGACUGGAUUACUCAGCCGUGGCAAUGCAUGAAGAAAUAAACUUCACUGUCCCAGGAUGUUGCAACUGCGGACGGGUGGAAGGACAUUCUUAAAGCAACUUUAAGGAGGCGGAUGUGAGACUGUGGACUGAGUGUUCCAGGCCCAAGGCAGAGACAACUUGAUGGCUCUUCCGAAUAUCAUAAUAUACAAGUAUCUUGGGAUUCCACAAAAUGCGGAGAAUUUCAGGACUAGCUAAGUUACUACUAACUUCCCAAUUAUGACUCAGUUCUUUGAACAUUUUAGUUAAUGCUUAAGAAAUAAUUGAAUAUGUUUCAUUUGUUGCUGUCUAGACUACAAACUACUGUUACAUUUUGUAGCCACAAAACGAGGGUUGUUGAAACAGAUUUUGUUUUACUAACAAAAUGAAGAAAGUUAUUUAGAAAAAGUGUCUAAGGCCGCGCCAUAGCUCAAGCGGUUAGUCGCUGGCUUUCU